GCCGGGAGCCGAGCAGCCGCCAGCUCGGUCUCCCAGCCGCCGCGCGAGGGACGCUGCGUGUCUGCCCGCAGCCUGGCCCUGCUCCGAAGUGGCGGGAAGGCGCCGCGGCGGGCGGAAGAGACGCUGCCUGUGGGGUUGCUGCGUUGUUGUUUUUUGGCGCGCGUUUUGGGAAGGCGCCGCUUCCGACGGGGAGACGGGAUAAAUAAAAGAAGGAGGCUGGUGUCGCCGGGUCGCCCUCGUGCCAGCCUCCCAGAGAAGGAAGGAAGGGACUCUUCUCAGGAAGGCUUCUGGAGGAGCGGCAGGGCUGAGUCUUCAAUCAAAUAUUUGUUUGCCUGGUUCAAGAUGUGAACUGUUCACCCAUCCACAAUGCUCACAGAUUACGAUUUAAUUCCAGCUCUAGCAUUUUCUUGGACAGACUAGCAGAUGGUACGCGAACAGUAUACUACAACAACACCAGGUACUAACCUACAGAGACCAGAAACACAAUAUGUCUACAACGUUGGCAUCUACGGUUGGAGGAAGCGUUGCCUUUAUCUCUUCGUCCUCCUCCUAAUCAUCAUCCUAGUUGUGGAUCUCGCUCUGACCAUUUGGAUUCUUAAAGUGAUGUGGUUUUCUCCAAUUGGAAUGGGAUACCUUUAUGUUCAAAGUGAAGGACUUUGGCUAGAACGGGAGUCAGAAUUUUUAUAUCCUUUAUAUGCCAAAGAAGUUCACUCUAGAAAGGACUCACCUCUGCUUUUGCAAUCCACUCAUAACGUGACUCUAAAUGCACGCAAUCCAGAUGGGAACGUCACAGGCAGAUUAAGUGUGGGUCCAGACAUGGUACAAUUUGAUGGUCAGGAAUUUCAGAUCAAGUCCAUGAAUCUGGAUGGAAAGCCUCUGUUUACAGUGGAUGAAGAUGAAGUUGCCAUCGGUACAGACAGACUUCGAGUCACAGGGCCAGAAGGAGCUCUUUGUGAACAUUCUAUAGAAACACCGCUCAUUAAAGGUGUUAGAGGUCUUGACAACGCGAAAGAGCUGAGGCUUGAAUCGCCAACUCGGUCUCUCACCAUGGAUGCCCCACGAGGGGUUAAUAUUAAAGCCGAAAGUGGGACUAUUACGGCUCUUUCUCAUCUGGAUAUCAAGUUGCAGAGCAGCGAUAGCAUGCUUAUGCUUAAUGCUGGACUGCGGCUGCCCAAAUUGCCUCAAGGAACAAGCGGAGAUUCUGAGAUAUCCUUUGGGCUCUAUGAAGUCUGUGUUUGCACAGAUGGAAAGUUGUACUUGGCAGUGGCUGAUGUCGUUUCCACUUGCCUGUAUUAUAGUCAGGCUUGCGAGAUGAGCAGCUAACACCCCACACUGCGUGCUUCCAGGAUGCUGCUAUUUUCAUGUGGGAUUCGGUCACAUACAGGCAAGCUCAGGUUUUGCAGUUGAAGUUGGUGCCCUUCCACACGUACCCAUUUCCCCAAAACUAUCAGACUUCUUGUGACA